AUGGCUACUCAAUCGUCGAUGGGUCGUCAGCCGACCCGGUCUUCCAGCACCCACCCGUCGCACUCCCAUAACGUACCUUUGAGUGCUCGUCGAUCGGCGCCUUUGGACUUAUCUACAGUGGAACGGCGUGGCCAGUCCAAUUCCCCUCGUGAACCUUCGAAGCGCAUCCGUCCUCAUGGCAUCCCCGAAGCACCGACAUUUCGACCAACCGAGGAAGAAUUCAAGGAUCCAGUGGCCUACAUCCAAAAAAUCGCGCCGGAAGGCAAGAAAUUUGGUAUCUGUAGAGUCAUCCCGCCGGAGAACUGGCAGCCAUCAUUUGCCAUUGAUACAGAACGAUUCCACUUCAAGACUCGUCGACAAGAACUCAACUCAGUUGAAGGAGGUAUGACCCCGAGUUCAGCCGAAAUUGCUGCCGGUGGAAGUUCCCCCCAGCGCAGUUCUAAUCCAUACUUUGAUUCAGGGAAUCGUGCCAACAUGAACUACAUCGAUGGACUUGCCAUGUUUCACAAACAACACGGGACAAAUUACAGUCGUUUACCUAGCGUGGACAAGCGGCCUCUGGAUCUGUACAAGCUGAAAAAAGCUGUCGAGAUUCGUGGUGGAUUUGAGCAAGUGUGCAAAACCAAAAAAUGGGCAGAAAUCGGCCGCGACCUCGGAUACAGCGGCAAAAUCAUGUCAUCUCUAUCAACCUCGCUCAAAAACUCCUACCAGCGUUACUUGCAACCCUACGAAGAAUAUCUUGCUCGAGCCAAGCCCGGUGUUCAGCAGCAGCUCGAGUUGGAACAUGGUGGACCAUACACUCCGUCUCCGCGUAACUCUCCCAUGACCAGGAAACCAUUGAUCGACGAAACUGGCACUCCAUCUAAACCACACGAUGAAACUCCUUCAAUUCCACGACUGGCCCCACUUGCGAGUACUCCGUUGGCGCACCCCGCUGAUAUGCCCACCCCGUCUGUUGAGCCUACACCCCCACCGCCGCGUCCUGUACCCACUGGAUUUACCCCUGUGAAUCUCGGUGCCGGUGGCUUUACAGCUGUCAACCAUCAUUCCCCAGCUGUUGCCCAAUCCCCAGGAUUUUCGGUAGUGAACAACGGUCCAGCCAUCAAACACGAGGGGGAGAAUGGGACAUCGACCCCAAAGAGUGUUUCUGAGCAUCCUGCACAUUCAACGCCUGUUCCAAACGGUCAAGGUGGUCCAAACUUCAAGCGUGCAAUCAGCCAUGACAGUACUUCUCAAGGCGAAAAUGGCGAUGAUGGUGGUAGCGGCCGGCGUAGCAAGCGCCUCAAGAAAGACAUGGCGCCAACUGUUGCAGGGUCACAUAUGUCACUUCUCCGUCCAUCAGCCACCAAGCCACGCAAGGAUGGCUCACAGCGAACUGGCGAGACGUGCGAAUCGUGCGGCAAAUCGGACGAUCGUUCAGAAAUCCUUGUGUGUGACAGUUGCGAACUCGGAUACCACACGACUUGUCUCGACCCCACCACUAGCGCUCCGUCUGAUCAUGACUGGCACUGCCCCAAGUGUCUGGUUGGAACUGGAGAAUUUGGAUUCGAAGACGGAGGCGUUUACUCUCUGAAGCAAUUCCAAGAGAAGGCCAAUGAGUUCAAGAAGGGAUAUUUCGCCUCGAAAAUGCCUUUUGAUCCUGUUCUCAACACUCACAGACGUGAGACUGAGGAUGACGUUGAGGCUGAGUUCUGGAAGCUGGUUGUCGAUCUACAUGAGACGGUUGAAGUUGAGUACGGUGCUGACAUCCACUCAACUACGCAUGGUAGUGGAUUCCCGACAAUCGAGCGAAACCCGCUUGAUUCUUACUCGUCUGAUCCGUGGAACUUGAAUGUCCUUCCAUUCUAUGGAGAUUCGCUUUUCCGUCACAUCAAGUCCGAUGUUUCCGGUAUGACCGUGCCUUGGGUCUAUGUCGGAAUGUGCUUCUCAACAUUCUGCUGGCACAACGAAGAUCAUUACGCCUACUCUGCCAACUAUCAGCACUUCGGUGCCACCAAGACCUGGUACGGUAUUCCCGGAGCAGAUGCCGAGGCGUUCGAGGCAGCCAUGCGCGACGCAGUUCCGGAACUGUUCGAAGGACAGCCUGAUCUUCUCUUCCAGCUGGUUACUCUCAUGCCGCCAGACAAGCUACGGAAGGCCGGCGUCAAUGUGUAUGCGGUAGACCAGCGGGCCGGCCAGUUUGUUCUUACAUUCCCUCAGGCCUACCAUGCCGGUUUCAACCAUGGGUUCAAUUUCAACGAGGCGGUCAAUUUUGCCCCAGCAGACUGGGAGCCUUGGGGUGCUGCGGGAGUGGAACGCCUGCAGACCUUCCGCAGACACCCAUGCUUUUCUCACGAUGAACUGCUAUUCACAGCGGCAGCUCGGGAUACAUCUAUUACAACUGCGAAGUGGCUUGCGCCUGCCCUUGACCGAUCCUCCCGUCGAGAACAAGGCGAGAGAGUAGCAUUCCUAACCCGCCAUCGAGAAGCCAUGCCUCACAAUUGUGCCAUCGGCACCAACGCCCAAACAGGUGAUUGUCAACUUAAGUUCGUAGUAGAAGAGGAGGAUCUCCCAGAAGAUGAUUAUCAGUGUCAGCACUGCAAGGCCUACACUUACCUCACGCAGUUCCGUUGCCACAAGUCAGGCAAAACUCUUUGCUUGUUACAUGUGGAAGCUUAUGACUGCUGCGGUGAGUCCCUUCCCCAGAAACUACUGGGCCCCGGCCAUACCCUGCGCUACCGCGUCAGCGAUGAAGAGCUCAGAGCAGUAGUCCAAAGGGUUCAGGAACGAGCCAGAAUCCCCGAGGUCUGGGGUGAGAAGCUUGACAAGACCUUGGAGAAUGAGCCGAAACCACAGCUCAAAGCUCUGCACACUUUGCUCAGUGAAGGUGAGAAAAUCCCAUACCACCUGCCUGGCCUCCAAGAUCUUGCGGCCUUCGUCCAGCGUUGCGAUAAAUGGGUUGAGGAGGCGAACAACUACAUCACCCGGAAACAGCAAAACCGCAGAAAAAACGAGAAAGCAUGGCGUAAAGCUAGUUCGAAGGCGGCGGCGCAGCUGGACGAGCGUGAUCGCGAAGUUCGCAGAGUGGAGAACAUCUACGCCCUACUGGCAGAGGCUGAUAAACUUUCCUUCGACUGUCCACAGAUGGCGGCCUUGGAAGAGAAAACCCGCGAAAUCGAGAAAUUCCGCCAGGAUGUUAACGGUGCCCUGAUGAACCCGCAUGUUCGAUCGAUCCAGGAUAUUGAGGAAUUGGUGGAGUCCGGCCGAAAUUUCAACGUGGAAAUCCCGGAGGUGGAGCAUUUGGAGAAGAUUAUGCAACAAAUGAAAUGGACUGAAGAGGCCACCCGUAAACGGGAUCAGCGCCUCGCCCUCAAGGAUUGCCAGGAAUUUGUCACCGCCGGAGAACAGCUCGGAGUUACCGACUCCAAUGAGAACCUAGUCUUCUUCAAGGAACUCAGUCGACAUGGCGAGGCUUGGGAAACCAAGGCCAAGGAGUUGAUGGCUGUGGAGGCUGUGCACUACCAGCAGUUGGAGGCUCUUUCCGCGCAAGCAUCCCGCUUCCCGGUCUCGCCUGACACUUUGGCUGCCGUAGAUGCCAUCCUGACCAAACAGCGAGAGGCCCAAAAGAGGAUCCAAACACUGUAUGAAAGGAGUAAAGAUCCCGAUUUGAGGAACAGACCAAAGUACAAGGAUAUUCGUGAACUCAUCGAGUCUCUGGAACAGCUAAACAGUCGCCCAAUCGGGGCCAUCGACCUGGAACGCGAACAGAAGCGCCAUGAAGAUUGGAUGAGGAAAGGCAAAAAGUUGUUUGGCAAAGCAAAUGCUCCAUUGCACAUUCUCAAGUCUCAUAUGGAGUAUGUUGAGUCACGCAACUCUUUCUGUUUCGACCUGGAUGACAGUUAUCGGCCCCCUGUUGAGCCCUCAUCACGAGACAACACUCCAGAUGGCUUGCUGGAGAACCCAACCCCUAAUGUCUGGGGUCCCAAGUCACGCAAGCGGGAUGUUUUCUGUAUUUGCAGAAAACUGGAAGCCGGAAUGAUGAUUGAGUGUGAAGUCUGUCAUGAAUGGUAUCAUGGGAAAUGUUUGAAGAUUGCCCGGGGUAAAGUGAAGGAGUUUGACAAGUACACCUGCCCUAUCUGUGACUGGCGUCAGAAGAUUCCUCGUGAUGCCGCUCGUCCAAAGCUGGAGGACUUGUUAGACUGGCAAGCUGAGAUUGCCACCCUUCCUUUCCAGCCGGACGAGGAAGAGGUUUUGGAUAGCAUCGUCCACCAGGCGACUGCUUUCCGAGAUUUUCUUCAAGGAUUCACCAAUGCAGCCUGUACGACCACUGAGGAGGUGCCUACAUUGAUCUUCUAUUUGCGAAAAAUCGAGGGAGCGGAGGUGCUUUUAGCCUACGAGACCAACUUCUUCCGCCAGGAAAUUCAUAAAUGGGCGCCUGUCGCGCCUGAUGCACCGCCCAUUUUAGAACAAUCCUUGUCUACGCGCAAACCUCGGCCCACGAAGCAACAGAAAAUCAUGGCCCAGAUGGGUGUUGACCGACCAGAAGAUCUUCCGGAUCAUCUCCGGGCUAAACUUAUGACCGUGAAACGCAAGUCUGUCGAUGCCCAAUCUCAACCUCAGACUACUCCUCAGCCCUCUUCUUUGCAAGCGGUACCUCCAGUAGCGGGCAACAAUCAGCCUGCUGCUACUGAACCGACAUUGACCCCCAUGUCUGACUCAAAUAAUAACACAUCCUACCCCUUCUCCGCUGACUACGCCCUGCCCGCAAGCAACUCAACGCCUGCAUUUGCAUCCUCAUCUUCUGCAUUCCUGCCUCAUGCAGCAGCAGCUUCACAGUCACCAUCCUUCCUUCCUCGAUCUCCCACACCUCAGCAAGGAAUGGAAACUUCUCUUUUCAGUCCGACCCGCUUCGACCGUGAUCCUCAAUUUGUCAGCAGUAGCCCUCGCCCAAAUAUGGAUGAGAUGUUUGCCGAUCUUACAAACCAAGAUGUCGAAGCUGAUGCUAUGGAGAACACCCACACCAAUGAGGUGCUCGAGGCACUCGAUGUCAGCAAUGGCAGCAGCCGCACUCCUUCUCCUACUGCCGAGCCUGCUCAAAGUGGGAAUGUUGAGCCGGCCGAAGCUCAAACCGCCUGUGCUCCAGCUCCAGCUGAAGUUCCGGCUAGUGACACGAAACCAGAGGUCGAUUCUUAA